AUGGGAAACAUUAAACUAAUAUGUGCCACCUCGAAACAAGCGAAGACAGAAACAAAAAGAAUGGAGAAGUUGUUGCUAGUGCAACUUGUGACCCUCCUGGCACUUAUUACAUACGUAGCUACGUUUCACUUGGACAUGGAUCACGAUGAUAGUUUCUUGGAGGACUCCAUGGAUGCCCGUAGUGUUUUUGAAGACAGCCUUGAAAACCCAGUUAUAGAUCCGGUUUUCUUUUCGACUGCAGCAAAAAGGAAGCCUUCAUAUCUACCUGUCAAGUUUUUAUGUCCGCCUUUCAAGCCUGUCUGCAGAAAUGGAGGACGUGGGCCAAAAAUUCGUAAAGUUGAGAAGGGAUUCGUCUGUAUGUGUAUCUGCCCUAGAAACUGGAAAGGACCCGGGUGCAACAUAAGUUCACAACGGCGCUGAUCCUUUCAUAAUCAAGGCUUAUGCCCACAUCAAUUGGAAGCUAUUAUUUUGCGAAAAAUUCACCUAUGUCUGAACUGAAAAUGGAACGCUGAUACGAACAUGAUCCACACUGACUGUGAAUAACUUUUUUAAUUUUUGACAUACAAAAUUAAAAUGACCAUUGCAUUAAUGUGAUAUUUUGUUAUGUUUUUACAACUGAAUUACAAUAAGACAGGACAUCUCAAAACUGUUGCAAAAGUAUUGCUAUGCGCCUGUGUCUUUAUAGUGAUGUUUUUCAUGAAACAAAGGAAGAUAUAUAAGUAGAUGUUUCAAAGGAUAGGUAUCGAUAUGGUGAACUGAAUUCAAUAAUGUUUUUCUCUUAGACCAAUUACUGUAUUGAAAACAUUCUGUAAAAAACA